GCCCAGGUCUAACGACGCGCCUGGGCUUGAGAAACCAGGGCUCCACCGACUACCUGAACAGCGUGCUUCAAGUGCUCUUCAUGACCAAAGAAUUCAGAGGCGCUGUCCAAAGUGAAAGCUCCCAUACCUCCUACAUCGAUGCUCAUCUCAAAGAUCUCUUCCUUCUGCUGAAGACCAGUUCUCCCACUACGGAAUACAUCAUCUGCAAACUUGGGAUAGAAAAUGUAUGGAAGCAGCAAGAUGCGGCGGAGUAUUUUGAGAAGAUGCUAAGUCUGGCGAGUCCUGAGGCCUCACAGGUUUUCCAUGGAAGGUUAAUUCACCGCACGUCCUGUUUGUGUGGCGAAAGCACAGAUGAACACAAUUCAUUUUGGACUCUUAAUCUCCCGAUUAACAAUGCCCACAAUGGAGUUUAUAACGUGCAAGACGGGUUGAAACGAUUUUUCAGCCAAUCAAAGUUAACCGGAGACAACCAAGUGUACUGUGAUGAUUGCGGGGCCAAAAGAGACACCCCUACUGAAUGUGCAGUAGAACUCUAUCCAGAGGUUCUUGUGCUGCUGCUCAAGAGAUUUGAGUUCAGCUACUACGAAAUGGACUACGUGAAAAACGACUGCCCUGUGGAUGUUCCUCUGGACAUUGAAAUGCCAAAGGGCGUGAGCUAUGAGCUCUAUGCCACCGUGGACCAUGUGGGGGACCUGAGGGGGGGCCACUACACAGCCACCAUCGAGUCUCCAGACGACGGAGGCUGCUGGUACGACUUCAACGACUCCAGGGUUACACCGAAAAACAACUUUAAUCCAGAAAGGAGCCAGAGCGGCUAUCUCCUUUUUUACAGAAAGAGAGAAAGACAAAUUAGUGAUUCACCUCAGGAGGACCACCACGGGUCGUCUGUGGACCCGGUCGAGUCGGAGACCAAUCAGAACAACGCUGACGAUGGCAACGCUGAUCUUACUAAGCGUGUUGAUGAUGAGAGAGGUGAUGAUGUCUGGGCGGGGUUUGAAAAGGUUCCGACCAAUGAGAAGGAGUCUCGUGAACCAGGUGAUCAGGCUGUCCAACAGGAAGCCAGCGGCACCGGCCCAAUGUUCAGCGGUCCAGAGGGCGGGGUUAACGAGAGGAGGAGGGGCCAGAGGGAAAGUAUGGAGCUUUUGGAAGUCCGUGAGGAGGGGGAGACGGAGGGCGGAGUAAUACAGAAGAAACGUAGAAAAGUCUUUGACAUUCCAAACUGUUUCUCCGGAUUGUGUUUGAGCUCUAGGCCGAGAUUGGCAAAGCGUAAACAGAGACUGGGAAGUAAGGUUGACAUGGUCAAAGAUAAAAUAUCUAUUAAAAAGAGACGAAAGAAGAAUGGCUUUAUGGUAUUAAAUAAGCAGACCUCGGAUACAGAAUAAAAGCCAGUUGAACUAGGCUUUUAAACAUUCCGGUUUUGCAUUGAACAUGUAUUUGAACGUUGUGCCAGGUUACAGGAAUCAAAGCUGAAUUGUGCCUUGGUUAGUGAAGUUAAGCUGUAAUGAAAGGGCAUCAGCUGUGGUUUUUUUGGGGAUACUAUCCAUUUUUAACAUGUUGACCGGCACGAUGACUAUUAUUACUAUUAAAACCGUGACUAUGUUUAAUCAGUCAUUUUUUGAAUCAA